GCUGCUGUGGACGAGGUGUGACGUACCGAGCAAUCAGGGCUACACAGACAGCAUCGGACCAGGGCUCAGUCCACAUUUCACGGCGGUCCGUCAGCACUGGACGCUACGGCAGACUUUGUAUACGCGCUGUUGUUCCUCUGAACCCCCGAGAAUUAUAGAGGGAACCCCGGUGAGCAGAUCGGAGCGGCCCGGGGGCUUCAUGGAUACGCUAUGUAGCUGGAAAUACGGCGGCGGGACUUCAUCGUAGUUUCACUCGAGAGGAGGCGAAGAAGUGAGCUUUGUGAUAAACAUGCUCACCCCGGUGCUGGCAGCCCUGCUGCCUCUUCUCCUGCUCUUUCGGAUAUCUUUCUGCCAGUACUCAAGCGACCAAUGCAGCUGGAAGGGCAGCGGUCUGACCCACGAAGGCCACGCCAGGGACGUGGAGCAGGUCUACUUGCGUUGCUCCCAAGGCUCUCUGGAGUGGCUCUAUCCCACAGGAGCCAUCAUUGUCAACCUCCGACCCAACAUGGUCUCGCCGGCUGCCUCGCGCUUGUCCGUCUGCAUCAAACCCUCCUCAGACUCUAGAGGCACCAACCUCUACCUGGACCGUAACGGAAAGCUGCGGUUACUGCUGCGUGAACAGGACCAGGCCGAGGGCAAGGUGCAGUGCUUCAGCAUCCAGGAGGGGGCACUCUUUAUCGAGGCCGUACCACACUUGGACAUCAGCCGCAGGAUCACGGCGUUCCAGUACGAGCUGGUCAGCGAGAGGGUGGGGCUAGAGGCACAAUCGCUGAGUGCACCCUGUCAGCCAUGCAGUGAUACUGAAAUGCUUCUAGCAGCCUGCACCAGUGACUUUGUUGCACGGGGCAGCAUUAGGAAGGUGGAGCAGGAAGAGGAACACUCGUCCGUCACUGUGGAGAUCAACCGCCUCUAUAGACAGAAGACCCAGGUGUUUGUAUCUGGGGGAGUGAGGGUACGGAGGUGGACUGGACACAUCAAGAUGCCCCCUCACUGCGGGGUGAGGACCGGGGACGGGAAGUUCCUCUUUAUGGGGACAGUGAGGUUUGGGGAGGCCUGGAUGGGCUGCGCUCCUCGCUACAAAGACUUCUUGCGGCUGUAUCAUGAGGCGGAGCAGCAGGGGACGAAUCCCUGCCAGGUAGACACUGACUGAGUGAGUUACUUUUGAAGCUGGACAAGUCCUCCACAUGGAGGAGAAGAGCUGAACCAAGUUCUAAAGAGAGGAGGAGACUGACAGACUGGCUUUGUGGCAGAGUCUUUCUCCUGCCUGCUGUCUCGUGACUCAUUGGAGACAAAAAAAUGGAGCUCCUGAAUGUUGCCAAGCAGCAUGCUGGAUCGGCUCAAGUCAAACAUGAUGCAACGUGGAAUGUGUUCGGACUGCCUGCCUCGCAGACGUGGAACUCCCAGGUUUUAAAUGUAGCAAAGCGUUUUUGAUUUUAAUGUGUAUAAAAUGUGAAUGAAUGUUGUAUAUUUGAAACUCUUUGUGCUUUGUAAAAAAAAAACUGCUUAAUGUACAGUUCUGAAGAUAUUUCUUAUGAUGGAAAUGUAUAAUGUGAAAGCCUUUUAUUUUUAUUUUGUUUAAAAAAAAGAACCACAAUUGAAUGCCUGAAGUCAUGAGUUUUUUUCAGGCUUGACAGUUGUUUGGAAAAUCAAAACAAAAAAAGUUUUUUUUUUUCUGCCCUUGAGAAUAAAAGCUUUUAUUCUGUGUAA